AUGAAUUAAUAUUUGCUAAAUCAUAUUACUAAAAGAACCUUUUGUAUAAUAUAAAAAUAGCCAAUAGUAAAGCCAAAAACAAUAGAAUUCGACGAAAGUAUCCUAAAGUUCAUAAGAUGUCCGAUAUCUAAAUAAAACUUAUAGUACGAUAAAGAAAAAAAGGCAUUAAUAUCUGAUAAAUUAGGAAUCAGAUAUGAUCUCAAAAAUGGAAUAGCAGAAAUAACACCUUUUAACGCUUCUAUAUGA